AUGUCUAGCAAUUGUCAUGUUGUUACAAUAGCAACACUAAUUAUUCAUGUCAUACUUCGGUUUGCUUUGAUUGUUAUAGCUGCACCUCAAAGUUCACUUGUUACAUAUUUGCCAGGAUUUAGUGGCAGCUUUCCUUCUAAGCACUACUCUGGGUAUGUGCCAAUUGAUGAACAUAACGCGAUACACAUGUUCUACUAUUUUGUGGAAUCUGAAAGAAAUCCUGCAAAAGAUCCUGUUGUUUUGUGGCUUAAUGGUGGACCUGGAUGUUCAAGCUUAGGGGGCUUAGUUUAUGAGCAUGGCCCAUUCAAUUUCGAAGCGUCCGGCCCAAUUAGUUCUGAAGAUUUGCCAAAGCUGCAUCCUAAUCCAUAUAGCUGGUCUAAGGUGUCCAACAUUAUCUACUUAGAUUCUCCUGUAGGUACUGGCUUUUCUUUCUCAAGGAACACAAGUGAUUACAUAACUGGGGACUUAAAGACUGCCAAAAAUACACACAUUUUUCUGCUAAAGAUACCUUCAAUGUGCAAACUUUAG